AUGCCAGAGACAGUUAAGUCUCUUAAAAAGCAAAACGAUUUAUUGAAAAGCCAUCUCGAUCAAUUGAGAGGAGAAUUCAAAACUUUCCAAAAUGAUACCAUGGCGCAGCUACAACAUGUACCCGUUGAUGGCAUGAGAACUUCCUCUCCCAGCCCUGAUGCUGAAACUACGAAAAGCCUAAACUUUCUAAGCAGCGAAUAUGACGACUUUAGUCGAUUCCGUUCAACUGCCGAGAAAGAAUUCAAACGUCUCAACAAUUGCCUCGAAGAUCUGGUUGGUCGUUCAAGCGAAGUCUCGGAUGCUAUAGAAGCAAUGCAGGCAUACAGUUAUCAGUACAAUGUAAAGAUACUUGGUCUCCCAGAGUUAUACGAUCAAAGGAAAAACGAAUCGGCGAUGGAUUCUACAAACUUGUGCAUUAGUCUUUUCAAAGCGAUGGGUGUGCAAGUAAAGGAUUACGACAUCGCCCAUCGGAUUCAAAUGCGAAACGCCUCGGCUGGUCCAAGACCCAUCAUCUGCAAAUUUGUCCGUAGACUUAUAAAGAACCAAGUUAUAGACAAUCGGAAAGAAGCACCCAACGUGAAUCCUGAAAAUAUUGGCCUUCCACCUAACGCUGAUUUAACUAGGAUACUCGUUGUGGAACAUCUCACACCUAAAGCGCAGAAUCUCCUCUAUGAGGCGAAGCGUCUGCAAGGGCAGUUAAAAUUCAAGUUCUGUUGGGUGAAAAAUUCCCAGAUCUAUCUCAGAAAAUCUGAAGACACCGAGGCUAUUCGCAUUCACAGUCUGGCAGAUCUAACCAGAAUGCAAACCGAUGAGAGAUAA